AUUGAUUAUACACAGCUUAGUAUCAGUUUCCAAUAAAAAAUGAUGAAGCAAACAGAGAGUGUUUAUGAACAUGGCAAACCCUUUCUAAUAAAAUACCAAGUAGGUUCCAAGAGGCGUGAGAUGAUGUCUUAUCUGGAGGAAAGGGAGCGUUCUGGUUUUGCUUCUACUCAUGCAGCUAGACCUUAUGAUGAAGAUAAGAGAAUCGCACGGAGGCUUAAGGAGAAGAAAGUGAGUUUGGCAUCUUCAGAAAGAUUCUACAUGGAAAGCUGGACUUUGAGAGCGCCAAGGAUCCUAUGUGAAAAUGCUCGAGAAAGAUCCAAAGAAAAGGCUAACUGCUCAUCAAGUGUUGUCACCCAUGGAUUGUGGAUGAUAAAGUUGCUCCAGAUAGAUAAACCUCUGGACUGUGCAGUACUGUCACGCUUGAAGAACUUCUCUGCAAUGAACAAACUCAAGAAGAGGGCUUUACGAGUGAAUGGAUCUCUGAUUCCAUAAGCUCUGCACCAACGCGCUUCACAGUGUCUUUUAACUCUUCAAAUGUGAUUGUGCCACUGUUAUCUGUGUCUAUCAUUCUGCAAAAGCUGUUUGAGUCCACCGAUCUCUUCCUCAGAUUGAUAGACACAGAUAACAGUGGCACAAUCACAUUUGAAAAGUUAAAAGACACUGAAGUGCGUUGGUGCAGACCUUAUGGAAUCAGAGAUCUAAGAACUCUUGCGCUCAGUAACUAACAAAACUCUCUUCUUAUUUAUUAACUAUCUUUGUCAUUGUGUGUGUGUGUGUGUGUGUACCGGGCCGAUCUUUGUCAUUGUGUGUCAUUUUUAGCUGCAACAAUGCAUUUGAAAAAGCUGGAAAGAGAUGAGAAUCUAGUGGCUGCAUUCUCUUACAUCCAUUGUGGAUGAGCUCCAACUGUCCAACAGGCUUUGAAAGAGUUUGGUAUAAAUGAUUCACAUCUUGAUGAAAUGAUCAAAGACAUUGAUCAAGACAAUGAUGGACAAAUAGACUAUGGACAGUUUGUGGCAAUAAUGAGAAAAGGUAAUGGCAGUGGAGGGAUUGGUAAGAGAACAAUGAGACACACUCCACUUGGCAAAUUGGAAAUCAUAUUCCUGAUGUUGAAUUCAAUGAAUAGCUAAAAACUCAUGUGAGAGUUGUCACUAAUAAACUUUAAACAAACCAUUAAAAGUAGUAAAAUAUUAAAUGCGUCUUGAGUUGACAUUAAUAAACAAAACAUUUCCAAGUUUUACAAAAAUCAGUUUAAAGAGCGGUAAAAAAAAGUAGAGGAAGAGAGAAACUUAGUUUGUUUUCCUGUUGUCUUCUUGUUUC